AUGGAUGUAUCAAAUUCAGUAAGAAUUCGAAUUGCUCUGGCCACAUCCGAGUAUCUCGCUCAAGGAGAGAGCAUGAGAACUAAACAUCUAGAGUUUAGAGUUGGCAAAUCUACUGUUUGCAAAGUAGUGCCAGAAGUUUGUCGUACUAUAUGGCAUGUCUUGCAACCCAUUGUGCUUCCUACAUUAAAUGCUAAUGGCUGGACAAAAAUAAGUAAUGAAUACAUGCUAAGGUGGCAAUUUCCAAACUGUAUUGGUGCUCUGGAUGGCAGACACAUGGAAAUCAAAAAGCCUCCAUGCUCUGGAUCACAGUACUACAAUUACAAAAGCUUCUUCAGUAUAGUGCUACUGGCACUUUGUGAUGCAAAUCACAAAUUCACAUGGGUAGAUAUUGGACAGUUUGGUUCGAUCAGUGAUGGUGGUGUGUGGAGAAAUUCGGAAUUAGCUGCAGAUCUCGCCUCUGGUGAUGCUGAUCUUCCACUACCAAUACCUCUUCCAGGUCGAGAUGUUCCUUUCCCACACGUGAUUGUGGCCGAUGAGGCUUUCCCUCUUAACACAUAUCUCAUGCGUCCCUAUGCGAGACGCAAUGGAUUAACAGACCGAUACAUUCCCACAACGUCAAUGUCAGCCAAAAAGAUCAUACAUGCUGCACAUACUGUUAAAGCACCACCCGUUGUAUAG